AUGAACGCGGCUGCCAGCGAGGACAUCACUCUGGGCGGCACGGACGCCAACGAACGUGCGCCUCACCUCGCGCAGAUCGGCAGCGGCGGCAUGCUGGCUGUGUGGGAGGGCAGCUCGUCGGGUGGCGACUUCAUGGAGGGCGGUGACCGCACGAUGUACGCGCAGGUGCUGGACGCUUCGUCGGGUAAGGCCAUCAGCGACAAGGUGACGGUGGACAAGUCCGUGGUGGGCAACCGCUACCAGGCAUUGAAGACGUACCCGGAUGGCAGUGUGGCAUACCUGUCGAAGGGUAAGACCGGCAGCUCGCUGCAGGUGGUUCGCUUCUUCGGGUGCUAAGAAAAUCGGAGACGAUAUACAACUUUGAAUGUAUAGAUGUCUGGUUAAAAAA